UAUUUUGAGUAGGGGCUCCCCUUCCAACGUCCGCCAUGGCCGCCGAGCCGCCCGCUCCGCUUCUCCCGCCUCCCGCGCCGGGGCCGUCGCUGGGUUCCGCGCUGGUCACGGUGCGCUUCGCCUCGGGGGGCGUGGCCUUGGAGCGGCGGCUGCCGGAGGCUUUCAGCGUCUGGGAGCUGCGGCAGCUGCUGGCGUUGGAGCUGCAAGCGCUGCCCUGGCUCCUGCAGCUCCUGGCCGACGGGGAGCUGCGCGACCAGCAGACCCUGGCUGAGCUGCCGCACGGUGGGCUGACACUGGUGCGGCGGUCUGUGCAGGAGUAUAGCUGGCUGCCGAGGCCUAAGGCGAAGGCUGCGGUUCAAGAUGAUCCGUCUCUGCCUGUAGUGGAGGUGGCCUUUGUGGGGAAUUUGUUCAACGCGCUGAGUCAGAUGAUGCGGCUCACGAAGAUGAGCUCCAUUUACGGGCGGGCCCUGAGGCCUCGCUGCACGGACGGCUACGACAUGGCCUGCCUCGAGCGCGAGGACGGUCAACGCGUGGUCCUACAGCCCUGCCACCACGUACCGACGGGCACGGGCCGCCGGAGCUGCCAAGCGUCGCUGGUGUUUCUCACCUUCGCGCUGGACAGCCGCGCCUCCUUUGACAAAGCCCGGGCGGAGUAUUACCGCAGCCAGGAGCUGACGAAGACGAGCUUCGUGCUGCUUGGGACGCAUCAGCAUCUCCACAGCUCACGGCAGGUGAGUGCCGGGGAGGCUUCGGAGCUGGCCCGGGGCUUGGGGGUGGUCUACGUGGAAGUCUUCAGCAACUCUCUGCGCGGCCUCCAGGAGGUGCUGUUCGCUUGCCUGGACAUGCGGCUGUGAGAGCAGAUUUGGCUUUUUUUCGCGAGGUUUUCGCGCUGUGCCUGGUGUGUGCCAAGACAUACAGCCAGACCUGCAGUGCCCUGUGUUCAUGGGCCCUUUGGUGGAUUUCACCCAUGUCCACCAACCGCUUUUGACCCUUUGCACAUCAAAGGUUGGUGGGGAUUCAAGUCCACACCUCCUUUGAGGUGGUUCCUCUGAAAAUUCAUCGCCACGUUGUGCUUUGGAUCGUUUUUCCUUCAACUUGGUUCGACAGAAGCCACCGGCCACAGGAGGCCUGGGCAAAGGAAUGCCAGACAUGAGAACUGGGCCAUGUUCCAUGCUAAAGUGUUGCCCAUGUUGUCUAGAUUCCACCUAGACAUGCCUUGGUCCCA